GGGGGAGUCCCUAAGCUCUAUCCUUGCUAAAGUGUCCACAUCUAAUUGCCUCCUUUCCCAGGCAGGAGCCUAUAAAUAGGGAUAAUCCCUGUCCAUUGGAUCCCACAACUGAGAAGCUAGCCUAGUGUGACCAUGCCAAGGCCUUUGGAGAACGCAGUGGCUGCCAUUGUGUGUACAUUCCAGGAGUAUGCAGGGCGUGAUGGGGACAAGUAUAAACUCUCUCAAUGCGAGCUGAAAGAGUUGUUGCUGAAGGAGCUGCCCACCCUAACCCCGACUCGGCUACGAGAGUGUGACUACAACAAUUUCUUGAGCGUUUUGGAUGCCAACAAGGACUGUGAAGUGGAUUUCGCCGAGUAUGUCCGGGCGAUAGCCUGUCUCUGCCUCUACUGCCAUGAAUAUUUCCGGGACUGUCCCCCUAACCCUCCUUGUCCAGAAUAAUCUCAUCAGUGGGGUGGGUCAGGUGAAUGAUAAAAGGAAUUGAUGCUUGGAAAAGAGCCAUAAACUGGGGGAUAUGUCUCUGUCUGUCUGGAGGUUAUUUUGUGGAGACUCCAUGAUCACUUGUCAGGUCUAUGGUGGACCAGAUUUUUGUUUGAGAAUGAGUUGGACCAGAGUCUUUGAGGUUCUUUAUAACCUAGACAUCUGUGAUUCUAUCUCAGCUCUCAGUUUGGUUUGUAACCUUUAGUCAAAUAAUAUUCCUUCUCAUCUUCUAUCUCUGUUGCUUCCCUUUGGGCUCCCUCUUUGGCUUGUGGUAUUCUAUUAGAAUAUGAAAAUAGAAUAAGAAAGUAUUUUGGGGAAUUAAAGACCAGCUAUAGAGAGACAGAUGGUGGGGUUAGUAGGAAUAAAGUACUAGGGGUGAAAUUCCUUCUAUUAUUAAUGUGCGUACCAUUGUAAUGAUCUCUCAAUAAAAUGGCUGCUAUUCCA